AUGGCGUGGUUCGGUGAGAAUGGUCGAGGCACACGUGGAGCUGAGCAUGCCACGAUGGAUGCCUUGGAUUCAUUGCAACAGGAGAUGGAAUCUGCCUUCGCUCGCCUCAACGCCAAGCUCUCGCACCUGCGCUUGACGCUGCCGGAUGGCCUCCCAAGCAGCCCGAUAGACUCGGCACCCCCAUUGGGCCCGAGCAAAGACGAGAAGGAGCAGGGUUCGAAGCAGGCAGAGCUGGAAGAAGAGCCUCCCGCUUUGAGGCCCUACCUUCGCAGCGCUGAUGCCCAUGAUGAAACCCGCUAUGCCUCGGCGGCCGUACGCCGGAGUACCCGCCAUGAGAGCGACACGGUGUAUCGCUUAAGGGGUCGAUGGAUGCAGCUUUCGACGCAUUGCGCCUUCUUCACCCGCGCGAUCGGCUUUGGAGACAUCAGGAAGUCCCUUCUGAAUCGGACGAUGUCGAAGACGAAGUCUGAGGGGGAGAUUGCCAGAAGGCUUGAAUCUCUUCCCUUCCUCUCCAGGCCUUUGAACCCAGAGAGCACCUUCCGCAUUUGUUGGGAUCUGGCAAGCUUGGUCUUGCUGCUGGUUGAUGCGAUUGUGCUGCCCCUCUCGAUUGCCUGGUAUUGA